CAAGCACGCUUGAGAAUGCUAUAUGUUAGUUAGUAGUACUGUAUCAAGCUUCUCAACGCUGGUUACAAGACUGCACGUCGACACGAGUGGUAAAGCUCAAUUGUUUGCGAAGCCAGGAUACCGGUACCUUUAACACCUGAAAAUGGGCGGCAGCUGUAGCCAUACGGUGGACGCUUGGGCUCAUUUGGCCACAACGGACGAGAUUCGGGAUGCUGUUAAAGGCAUCGACGCCUGGCAAAAAGCCCAAGAGCAGAACAAGGCCUCAGGCGGCGCCCAACAUGCUGCUACUUCGGGGCCGUUGCUUGCCCGGGUCGGCGGCAUGGAUGUAGUGAAACGCGUCGUGGAGGCAUUCUACCGCAAACUAUACGGCAACGAAAAGCUGCUGCCGUUUCUGCACGACCGCGACAUCGUGUACCUUCGAGCCAAGCAGUCCGCCUUCAUGUCCUGGCUGUUCGGGCCCCCGAAUGUGCCGUACACCGGCAAGCACCUUCGCGUGGCGCACCUGCGCAUCAUCAAGCAGCGCGGCUUCACGCCCGAGGAUUACGAACUGGGCAUGAAGUACUUUGAGGAAUCAAUGCGAGAACUUGGGGCGCCGGAGGCAAUCAUUUCGGAGGUGUUGGCGAAAGUCCGCCCGUUCAAGGAUGUCAUCUUCACUCCAUGCAGCCGAGACGCGGAGGAGGAGGCGCGCUGGGCCAUGGAGGAACGCCUGAAGGAGCAGGCCAAGGAGCAGGCCAAGGAGCAGGAGCUGCACAAACAGACCAGCCGUUCCUCCCGCUCGCAGCUCAACACGCAGGUGUCCAGUUCUCAAAUCCUCAUGACCUCCGCUAGCCGCAACAUGAGCCGGAACAUCAGUCGCAACGUCUCGCGUGGGCCGCAGUGCCCCUUCUCCGGAGGGCAGGUCUCUGGUCAGUUCAGCGCCGCCCUUGUCGCGGGCGUAGCUGGCGCCACAGGCGACGACGUGACUGGUUCCUGCCCUGUGAUUGCCGAGGAGCCCGGUGAUGAGCUGGAGGCCACAGCAGCGGUUGCUGCAGCUGCUGCUGCGCAGGGCAGCCUUACGACACGUCCUGCUCGCGCGACAGGCUCUUACACCUCGCUGGGCUCCCAAAGCAAGAAGUCCCUUACGAUUGCCUGCCCAGCAAGCGAUGCAGCAAUAAAUGCAUCGGACAAGGCCGUCCUGCAGCUGCCGGUCGAACGAAUUCCCUCAUCCCAGCGCAUGUCUGCCGCCAUCGGCACAGCCGUACCCCGCCCCUCGUCGGGCUGCCCCUAUGCGGCCUCCUCCGUGACAGCAGCGGUUCCCGUCGUCGCUGCCUCCUCCCUCUCGGCAACGGCAGCCCAGACGUCCUCAGCAACAACCUCUUGGGUGCCCUCGGCGGCACCUGCAGUGCAACCCACGCUGCGCUCCCCAGGGGAGUCCUCGGGCGGUGCGGCCUCCCCAGCCCACAGCGCCUCUUCCCCUGCAAGCAGCCGGCCGGCCUCCGCCUCCUCAUCCUUUGGCGUCACGGCUGCGGCGGCGGCCGCCGUAGCUUCAGAGGAAGCCCGUCAGGCGUUGCUCGACAAGAGCCAACAAGAGGGAGGGCUGGAUUCCUCAACAGCGCGACCGAAGCGUGGUGUGGCAGAGUCCCGGUCUACGGAUAGCGGCGGUGAUUACGCCGCGGAAGCUGCUGUUGCUGUGAGCGCUGUUGCUGCCGCUGGCGGCGGUGGCGGCAUCAGCGGUAACAGGUCUGGCGCAGUGGAUGUCGUAGACGAGUUCAUGUCUGAGGUGUUUGGCGAGGGAAGCACGGGCACGCCGGACUCGACGGCAGCGCCGGCAUCGCGAGUGAAGGCGGCGACGAGCUCGGGCAUGUCGGCACCAACAGCAGCAGCGGUGGUGGUUCCCUCGAAAUCGCGGACGGUAGGUGGCGGUGUUGACAGCAACAGCGCCCCCAGGGUGCCGCCGGCUGCGGCUGUGAAGCAGCACAGGCAGACCGCAACGGGUGCGAUUGGCGGCUCCGUUGCAGCGGCCAGCAAAGGUCGUUCCACCAAGCCCGUUGCCAAGAAGAUGUUUUGAGUUUUGAGGUGAAUCAGGGAUGAUCCGUCCGCAGGCAGCAUAUCUGCAGGCAGACCUUGGAAGUGGAUGCGUCACAACAACGGUGCCGGUCACAGCGUUGGUGCCGGGGGCCCCGCCAGCUCGCGUGAGGGCUGGGUCGACUUCGGGCAUGGCUUCAACAGCAGCAGCAGCAGCGGGGGCAGCAGCGGUGUUGUCGCCCCUGCAGACGCGGACUUUGGCAGGGACUGUCGAGGACAGCAGUGGCAGCAGCAGCAGCGGCAGCAGCAUUUGUGGCGGCUGUCAGAUACAGACGCCGGCUGCAAUUGCCAGACAGCACAGGACGAGUGGAACGGGCUCGGCGACAGGUUUCAAUAUUGCACCUGUAAAGCCCCGCUCAAAGCCAUGGGCUUAGUCGACUUGGACGUUUGGAAGUGACGCCGUGAACUUUAGACGGUUUGGACUUCAGGCUACCAACAGUUUGCUGCCCGUAGAAGCGCUUCCGUGAGUCGAAACUUAGAGUUGAGUGGUUUUUUUUACAGUCAAUUGAUGUCUCCCGCUCCGGGAUAAGGCAAUGUGUUGGGCCUAUUCCAUGCGGUGUAGAAUCAACACUAUUUUGCAGACCUUCUAGCCAACGGGUUUCCCGCUUGUGUUGUGUGUCUGUUUCCGGGAGUAUGUGAGGCCGCAUGCGACUACCGUUAAAGUGCAAUGAUGUUGGAUGGAUGGGGAAAGAUCUCUGCUUUUACUGUGUCUGCCGAGUUACGGAAGCGGGCAAUGUGCAGGACCGUUUUCGUCGUAAUCAGCAGCAGCAGGCCCCAAGGUCUUUGAACGAUACGGGGCGCACGGCAAUUGCUUCCCCGACGGCUUUUGCAAAUGGCUUUUGCAUUUGAAAUCCGAGCGACCAGAUGUGUUAUGAGGUGGGUUUGAUGGCUGUUUGACUGAUAUAUGGGUGUACUUGGGUGUGCUGUACUACUUAGGUGGGUGCAGCAUCAGGGGAUUCAAGAAGCGGGGUAAAGGGUUGCUUGCAAUGAAUUGCAGGAGUGCUGGGUUAGACCCUUCAAGGAUGCGUCCGGGGCACGUAAAUGACAUGGCGGUUACCCAAGUUAACAGUUGGUUGAUGAGUGGCGGUUGCGUGGUAUGGUGCUCUGCAUUGAAGUGAAAGACCUGGGCGCAAAUGCAUGAGUACGAGGACUAAGGGGGGUUGGACGGUUAUAUGCCAACUGCUUCCUUCCAUGCUGUGAAAUGGAAGGUUGCUGGGGCGAACGCAGGUGCGCAGAAUCUCCUGCCAUCUUUGUCCUUCAGCUUACCCUGAUUUUACAAUUGUGUUAUGGAACUGGUUGUUAUGUUUUCACGGACCGCUAUUCAGAGGUAGCGAGAGCUUUAGACAUAGAGACAUGGGUGACAUCGUACGUUCACAUCGUCCUCUCCUCGCCAAAGAGGGAGGAAUUUAUAUUCUGGCCCCCCGUUUUGGCCCUCGCUUAUCCACGCCCUGUCCACGCGUUCAUGGCGAGAUGUGCCCAAAGUUCAAGAGCCUGAUGACCACAUGACUAAGCUUACCAUGACUAAGCUUGAUGCCUUAUGACAAAUGUGGGAAGUGCAGUGUGCGUGCGUUUGUCUAUUGCGUCCUAUACGUGAGUAUACCUUCAUUUUGUGCUAGCUGCAGCUCUGGUGCCCGCCUGCCUCAGUGGCUGAUUGGGAUGCGCUCUUAGCCCUGGCCUAGCCAGCAUCUAUCAUGUUGCAAAGGAGCGCCGACGAAUUAUUGACGAAUUGUGAGUUUUGGCAUAACUACAACAUCUACAAUGACGGCGACCUUUUGAUGGAUCAAUGGCGGAUCGAUUCAGCAGUCGGUGCUGUGCGUAGAAAACGAAUAAGUCUAGACGACUGUGCGUGGCUCGCCUGAUAAUAACUAAGAAUGGGCGCACAGCAGUUUUCUGUGGGGGUUAUCGCCUUUGUUCCUGGUUGGCUCUGCGUUACAUUGCCUGUUGGGGCAAUCUGCUACUGUUAUUCUGGGGAGCCUGCAGCAACCGUCUUGGAAAUGUUUACACAAGGCACGUCUUGGGCCUUGCUUGCUGGAGCGUUCCUGUCUAUUCAUAAUCGAUAACUUGUCAUUUGGUCCUGAUUGUUGCGUGUUUUUUGUAGUGGGUGGCGUGAAUUGACUAGUAGCACUGCUGGUCCUUUCAAUGCGCAGCAAUGCGAAGAUUGCAACAAUAGCAGCUCUUCACAGGGCGGGUACUCCCUUUGCCCUUUGGCGCUGCGGGCUGUUGCUGUUUUGGCGCGACGAUUAUGCAUGGAUGUAUGGUGAUUGUAGGGUUUGGAGGUGAGCACGGCGCCGUACGGGUCGUUUGCAAGUGUAGCAUAUGUUUGGUAUGUCCCGGACCGCACACUGAACGAGGAGUUCGUGCAGGGUCCAACAGGGACGUUCAGCGGUAAGGACAUCUUUGGUACUAUUUCCGUCGUACCGACUAUUUCGGUCUAUCGGUUGUAUUUCGCCUCGGAUUAUCGUAGUCAAGGGAAAGGUUCUGUCUCUUUCCGCAGCGUAAUCGAGGGUGCCGUACCUUCUACGACGUCUCAGGUUUGGGUGCGGUACAUGUCACGCACGGAUGAUGACACUCUGUGAGCUGUUUCGCGUUUAGUGUUGGAGUUUGGGAAAUGGAGCUGUUGCCUUCCGCUCGGCUCUGGGACGUACGAGACGCAUAACCGUGUGGCAUUGUGCUCUGCUAGUCACUGACCUUUUAAUAUGGAAAUAUGCUUUUGCGUUGGCGACGGUAGUUUUUGAAAAGCGUGUUGGCUGUUAUUUAUCACACGGUGUGCCCCUUCAAACCGGUACGCCCAUGAUAUCGCAUCUAAAGGACAUGGUUGAAAAAUGUGCUUUGGCGGAAGUAUGGCGUUCGCUUUGUCACAGCCAUUACCAAAGAAUGGCUGUCUAGUAUUGCUACCUAUAUUGUGUCUGUGCUUCGGACAUAACUUGUGGCAAACAAUUAUUACCUCACGCUUUGCUCAUGUCAAAUAAAGGAAGACAGAGAAGGCAUGACCUGCUGAUACCGGUGCGUACCUCUCCUCCUG